AUGCAGCAGUUCUCGUUGUCUUAUCAUUCGAUAUAUACUCGGAAUUGGAGAGUUGUGGGUGCGAUUUGGGUUCUGUGUGGAUUAUGUACAACUGUACUCCAAACUCUCGCAUUGAUACAUCCCACGUGGAUUGUGAAUGUCCCUGGAGCCUGUUCCGGUAGAAAGAAAAUAGCAUUAAGUGAUGAAAAUCUGUUUUUCAGAGUUCGUCCAUUAAGCAUGUGGUUUGAAAUUUCUGCAUUUUUGGUAUUAGCUGCUACUGUUCUCAGCUUCUUAGCCAUCUUCUCGAUUUUGCUUCUUGUACUUCUUCGUGAUCGUCAUGCAUUCAUAUUGUGUUCUUGGCUUCAUUUCUUCGCAUUCGCGUUUAUGCUAGCUGGUUGCAUCAUUUACCCAUACGGCUGGGAAAACCCACGCGUCCGAGAAAUCUGCGAAUCACGGAAAUACCAAUUGGGUCUAUGUCAAAUACGAUGGCCCUAUCUUUUAGGAAUGGUUUUGGUGUUUGAUCAGUUGUGUCUUUGUUGCCUUGGUUUCGCAUUGGCUCUCAAAAAACCACCAAAAAUUCCAGAACUUAGUUCGUUGACCGGUCCAAGUGUGAUCAGUAACACAAUUCAACCUGUACCACGCCCACGCAAGAUGUCUCUGCAAGAUUCAUUCUAUUCACAUUCCGGAUCUCGUUUAGAACUUUAA